AUGGCGAACUACGACAUGAUUCCCGACGACUACGUCGCCGAUCUCCUCGCCAAAGAAGCAAACGAAUGCUCUCUGAAAUACUCGAGCAUGGGGUUAGAGGCGUUCAACACCAAGAAGAAGCCAGCAAAUAUGCCGAAACCCAACACCCGGUUCCUGCGCCACAUCAUCAAGGACACCGACACCCACAACAAGAACCUCCUGGCCAAGGAAGCCGCCGACUCGCAAGCACGACUGAAGGUGCUCGAGAACGCCGAGGAGAAGGAGCGAAGGAAACAUGCGGGCCCGCAGGACAUUCGCAAACGGCAGAUGGGAGACAUCAAGGCUAUACUGGGCGGACGCACGCAGAGAUCUACACGGACGGAUGAGAGGUCGCACAAGAAGGACGCUUCGUCGCCGCGCCAGAGACAUCGAGACCGUAGAAGCGAGUCGCCCGAACGUGGGCACAGGAGACACCACCGAAGAAGGGACGACUCGGAUUCCGAGCGCGAGGAUCGUCGGAGGCAUAAGAGCGGCCGGCGGAGAUCACGAUCGCCUGAUGACGGGUCUAGGAGACAUCGUCACCGGUCGCCGGUCGGAAGGGACUCGACGUCCAGAUCGCAUCGGAGCGACAAGGAGCGCAGAGACUACGACGACGAGGACCUAAUGUCGAAAGGUCGGCGGGCACGAACAGACAGGAGCAGGGAGACACAGGGCUUCUCGAUCAAGGGCAGCAGCAGCCGGCGCGCGGCGCAAGAGCACGAUUCCGCCGCCGCAUCCGACUCAGACCCGCUCGACGACAUCAUCGGCCCCGCGCCGCCCGCGCCAGUGCGUUCUCGGGGCCGCGGAGCAGCGUCGGCGUCGUCCGGCAUCGACAAGCGCUUCGAGGCCGACUACGACCCGAAGAUGGACGUGGAGAUGGAGAGUGGCGCGGCCGGCGACGCGGAGAACUGGGACGACGCCGUGGAAGCCUUUAGGGACAGGCAGAAGUGGCGGCAGAACCAGGAGCAGCGGAUGCGGGCGGCCGGGUACGACGAGGAGAUGAUCAAGAAGUGGAAGACGGGCGAGCAAAAGGACGAGAAGGAUGUGCGGUGGGCCAAGGCCGGAGAGAAGCGGGAAUGGGAUCGCGGCAAGGAGGGCGGGAUGAGUGGGCUGUUCUCCGAGUUUAACUGA